GAUAUAGCCCAGUGAACUAAUGGCUUUACUUGUCAUCGUCUAGUUUGUGGAUUUCUUUUUGUUGUUUCCCCCCCAAACAAUGGAUGGAUGUGAGUUGAUUGAUGCCACACGUCUCUUCGGUGGAAAGAUGCUGUCGAAAAAGACCACCCGUCGCGUCAGGGCACUCGCGUCUGUCUUUCUCUGCAUAAGUGCAAUCCUCUUGUCGGUUACUGCGUUACUGACCUCGCACUGGUGUAAAGGUACACAGAGGGUGCCGAAACCGAGUUGCUCAAAGCAGCGCCUACACAACUGCAUUGACCACGGCGUGAACGAGACCGACACCAAUAAAGUUGUUUACAGCUGGGAGACCGGAGAUGACAGGUUCCUGUUCAGAUAUUUCCACACAGGGAUAUGGUACUCCUGUGAGGAGGACAUACACGUGGAAGGGGAAGAGAUGUGCCGGAGCUUCAUAGAUCUGGCCCCAGCAUCAUCGAGAGAUGUGCUGUGGCUGUCUGUGAUCUCGGAGCUGCUGUACAUCACCUUCCUCAUGGUGGGCUUUGGCCUCAUGUGCGCCGAGCUCUUCCACUCCAGCGACGUGAUCGACGGGCUCAAGCUGAACGCCUUUGCUGCUGUGUUCACCGUCCUCUCAGGACUCCUGGGCAUGGUGGCGCACAUGAUGUACACCCAAGUCUUUCAGGUGACUGCCAACCAUGGACCUCGAGAGUGGAGACCGUACACCUGGGACUACGGCUGGUCCUUUGGAAUGGCCUGGGGUUCAUUCACUUGCUGCAUGGGUGCUUCAGUGACCACCCUCAACUCUUACACAAAGACCGUCAUCGAAUUCCGCAACCGGCGCAAGACAUUUGGGCAGAACCACCGCAAGAAGCAGGCUUUCCUCGACGACCAGGGCAUCAGCGACCUCCGCAACCGGCCUCUGCCUUCGGUGUCCGAGUCCGUGGACGUGAAGGCGGAGAAAGAGUGCAACGGCGUGGAGACUUGCCCACCUCAGCCCUCCCCUCAGCCCAGCCACAAAUCAGACAGUCAGACCCAGACGGAGGACGACGACCAGUGCUGAGUGGUGCUGAUUACAGGGGGCUUAGA